GUCGUGCUCUGUUCAAUUUAAAAACAGUUCUUCAACGAGUCGGACGUUCCGUGCGCGUGUUGCUUUAAAUAAAAAAAAAAUAAUUUGAAUCGGAAAAGGAAACCAACAAUUAAGCAAAAUGGAUUGUGGAACAUCUAUGGUUAAAUAUAUACUCUUUAUAUUCAAUACCAUUGUGUCGAUUAUUGGCAUUUUGAGCAUUGUAUUUGGGGUGAUCAUACUGCAGAGCGUUGGCACCAUUGAGGUCAAUGGCCAGACCGGCUUCCCACCUCAGGCAGCGAUGCCCAUCCUGCUGAUCACCCUUGGCUCUCUUGUAGUGUUCAUCUCGUUCCUGGGCUGCUGCGGUGCCAUUCGCGAAUCUGUGUGCAUGAUGAUGAGCUAUGCCGUCUGCCUGUUGGUUCUGCUCAUUCUUCAGCUGACAAUUGUUGUACUCUUGUUCACCAACAAGGAGAAGUUCGAUACUGCCAUGGGUGAAGUGAUUGACAAGGCCUGGGCUUCGCCGGAAGCUCGUGAGGGCGGUGUUUUCGAUGCCAUUCAGAAAUCGCUUCAUUGCUGCGGCAGCAAUGGUGUUCAGGAUUAUGUUUCAUUGAACUUCUUAAACAGCGGACUACCUUCCAGCUGCUGUGAAGGCUCUUGCGCCAAUCCAUUGAACAUUUAUGGUGGUUGCCGUGCUAAGUUUGUUGAUUUUAUGUCUGGCAGCUCCGAGAAGGCCAAAUACGUCGGUCUGGGUCUCAUUGUUGUUGAGCUGGUUGGCUUCAUCUUCGCCUGUUGCUUGGCAAACAAUGUGCGCAACUACAAGCGCCGCAAUGGUUACUAAAUCGAGCAUUUAAAUACACAACGUACACAUACGAUACACAUACAC